GGGGAGAGAGACAGAGAAGUGAGCAGCCUGAACAGCAAGCUCUUGAGCCUGCAAGCUGACAUCAAGAAUCUACACGAUGUCUGCAAGAGACAGGGGAAGACCUUGCAGGAGAAUCAGCUCUGUGUGGAGGAGGAGAUGAUGAACAGCAGCCACAAUAAGAAGCAAGUGUCAGCAUUUGAGGAGUCACACAUGGAGUUUGAGCCCAAUAAACAGUGUCAUCUGAGACAACUCCAACAACUCAAGAAAAAGUUGCUGGCCCUUCAGCAAGAACUGGAGUUUCGCACCGAGGAGCUGCAGACUUCUUACUGUUCCCUCCUGCAGUAUCAGUCCAUCCUGGAGAAGGAGACUUCUGACCUGGUUAUUCUCCACCAUCACUGCAAGAUGAAAGAAGAUGAGGUGAUUCUCUAUGAGGAGGAAAUGGGAAAUCAUAAUGAGAACACAGGGGAGAAGCUCCAUUUGGCCCAGGAGCAACUCACCUUGGCCAAGGACAAAAUCCUCUCCCUAGAAAGGAGCUUAAACCUCUACAGGGAUAAAUACCAGACAUCCCUGAGCAGCAUCGAGUUACUGGAGUGCCAAGUGAAGAUGUUGGAGGGGGAUCUCAGCAGGAUCGUCGGUCAGGAGCCCAAGAGUAAUGGUGAUCAUUCAAAGGUGCAUAUAUACACCUCUCCCUGCAUGAUUCAAGAGCAUCAGGAGACCCUGAAACGACUAUCUGAAGUCUGGCAGAAGGUCUCUGAACAGGAUGAUCUAAUAAAGGAACUUCGAAAUAAGCUAGCCUGCAGUAACGCUUUGGUUCUGGAGCGUGAAGAGGCUUUGAUAAAAUUACAAGCAGACUUUACUUCCUAUACAACCACCCACCGACAUCCCCCUAGCUCCUCAGAAGAUCGUGAAGACAUCAAAAAGAUACUGAAGCACCUGCAGGAGCAGAAAGACAGCCAGUGCUCGCACGUGGAGGAGUACCAGAACCUCGUGAAGGAUUUGCGCAUGGAACUAGAAGCCGUGUCGGAACAGAAGAAAAGCAUCAUGAAGGACAUGUUGAAGCUGGAGCUGGACCUGCACGGGCUGCGGGAAGAGACAUCUGCCCGCGUGGAGAGGAAGGACAAGGAGGUCGUCAUCCUGCAACGGCGACUGCAGGAGCUGCAGGUGCAGUUCACUGAGACCCAGAAUCUCGGUUUGAAGAAAGACAAGCUCCUCCAGGAGAAAGAUGAGAUGCUGCAUGAGCUAGAGAAGGACCUGGCACAGGUCAAGAACACCCUCGUAAAAAAGGAGAUGGAGUUGGAGAAGCAGCAAUGCAUGACAAGUGAACUCGAAAUUGCCAUCCAGGAGGAGAGACAGGAUAAGUGCAAGGCCGAGUAUGGGCACCUGGGAGCUGAGAUCAAGAAGCUGAAGCACUGUCUCGAAGAUGCCAAACAGCAGCACAGGCUGGCUGCUCAGCAAGCAGCCCAGUAUAAAGAAGAGGCCAUUCUGGCAAAGGGUAACCUGGAGGAUUGCCAUAGGAAACUGCAAAGCUGCAUUUGCCUGGAGAAGCAGAAGGCAGAGACCAUCCAGGAGCUCCGGAGAGAACUUCAGAAGCUGCAGAAGGAUUCCCUAAUGGCUGAGGAGGAACUCGCACCCAGCAGGAGACGGAUAGAGGAGCUGACAUCAGAAUUAUCUGAGUUCUCGAGAAAGCUUGAAAUUUCAGAGAAGGAAAAGAGGCAGCUUCAGAAGACAGUGGCUGAGCAGGAUGUAAAACUGAAUGACCUGCUGGAUCGUAUAAAUCACAUUCAACACCAGAACAGGAAGCAAGCCUCCUCCAAAUGCAGUCUAGAAGAACAGCUUCAGGAGGAAACCAGGUUGCUGGAGGAGAAACGGGAGCAGUUGAAAAAGAGUAAAGAGCAGGAGAAGCUACUGGAGCAAGAGCUCGAGAUAUUCCGACAGGAAGAAAAAAAGAAAGAAAAGAUGUCAAAGGAGAAUUUGAGAAAGUUGCAGGAGGAAAAUGAUAAUCUCAGAUCACAGUUAAAGCAAUGUUCUGCGCAACUGGAUUCCUCUCUCUGCAAACAAAACAGCACCCAGCAAAUCAACCAGGAGCUGACUCGUAAGAUAACCCUUCAGAAGGAGACCAUGGUGAGUCUGCAGAUUCAGCUGGACAAGGCUGUGGCAAAAGAGCAGCAAUACCUCCAGACCACGGUCAGUAAAGAAGUCUAUGAGGAGGUAUGCCAGAAGUCAGCCUCCUGCCAAGACGACCUAACACAGGCCCUGGAUAAGCUCAAUCAUUUGACCUCAGAGACAAAGAGUCUUCACCGAAGUCUGACACAGGCCCAACACAGGAAGAUUCAGCUGGAAGAGGAAGUCACUGCUUACGAGGAGAGGAUGAAAAAGCUGAAUGUGGAGUUAAAAAAACUGCAGGGCUUCCAGCAGCAGAGUGAGCUAGAGGUGCAGGCCUUCGACAAAAAGCUGGAGGACAUGAGCAACCAGGUGCUGCAGUGGCAGAAGCAGCACCAGAGGGACCUCGAGAUGCUGGCCGCUAAAGAGGAGCAGCUCAGGGCGUUCCAGGAGGAAAUGCAUGCCCUGAAAGAGAACCUCCUCGCGGACGAGAGGGAGUCCUGUUGCCUGCCCCAGCGGUCUGCGCCCAAAGAUACCUGCAGGCUGCACCGAGAGAAUGAUCAGAUUAUGUCCAACAUGGAGCAAUGGGCAAAAGAGCAGAAGAUCGCCAAUGAGAAACUAGGAAACAAGCUCCGUGAACAGGUCGAAUAUAUCGCCAAACUGACUGGUGAAAAGGACCACCUCCACAAUGUAAUGGUCCAUCUGCAAAAGGAAAACAAGAAACUAAAGAAUGAAAUAGAGGAGAAGAAGCUGAAAGCUGGGCCCUUAAGGGUAUAUACCAAAGCCCUAUGCCCGAGCAAAAGAGACCCCACAGCACGGGGGAAAGUGUAUGGCACCUUGGACUGGAGGGGGAUAACCCAAGAUGUGAGCCAAAGAAUGGACAUCACCAAGUCUGUUGGGAUGCCCCACUGCUCAGAAUGCCCUGGACUCCUGUUCGGCCUGGGUCCAAGGCUACCUUUUCUGCCACCUGUAGACUCCAUGGUACCCCCAAGGGAAGAAGUCACCUGCAACAGAGCUGCCUGGCCACGAGGCUAG